AUGCACCCCUUACUUUCUCCCCCCCCACCCUUUCCUCUCCGCACCCUCCUUCUCUUCCCUUUCUUGACAGUCGAGGAGGACGACAAGGAGCCGCCCCCUACCUCGUGGUUCGACGCCUCUCUGCUGCUCUCCUUCGUCCUCAAAGCGGCUGCCAAUGCUCCAGCUGCACCUUCCUCCACCGCUGCCGCUACUGCUGCUGCUACAGCCGGUGCUACAGGCGGGGAUGCGGCAGCGCUGGUGGUGCAGUGGGGGGUGGUGCCAUUGCUGCACAAGUGGGUGGAGCUGGUAGCAGAGUGGACGGCAUGGGAGGAGGAUGAGGACGAGGCGGUGUUUCAGACGAUUGACUCGCUGUUGCUGCUGCAGGGCCGGACACCACUACCAGACUUCAUAUCCAGGGCCGCUCCACCCCCUCCUCUGCCGCCCGUGCCGCCCCGCUCCAUCCUCGAAGGCAUCGCAUGCUUCGUCUCAUCCGCACUAUCCGACGGCUCUCCUGCUGCCACGUGGCGAGCAUCCAGGCACUCUCACACGCUGCUGAAUGCUGCUGCCGUGGCACUCAAUGGGGGGGCAGCUGCCACUGCCCUGGCUGCGAGGUUUGCCGAGAACACGCUGCUGAAUGCUGCUGCUGUGGCACUCAAUGGGGGGGCUGCUGCCACUGCUCUGGCUGGGAGCUUCGCUGAGAGUGCUGCUGCCGUGGCACUCAAGGGGGCCGUAUCAACAGUGGUGCUGGCAGCAGCGAUGGCAGCAAUGGUGCGACUGAAGGAGGUGAAGGAGGAGGCGAGCAGCAUGGAAGGGAGCGAGGAGGGGGAGGAGGACGAUGAGGAUGAGGAGGAGGAUGAAGAGGAGGAUGAGGAGCCCUGCCCUCGGCACAGCAAAGCACACCACCACCACCUGCGAUACAAAGAGAAACGAAGCCUCUUAUUUUCUCUUGACCCGUUUGCUCGCCUCUCUUCUCCCCCUCUGCCUGAUGCCUCUGCCCUCGGCCUGCCCCUGCUGUUCAUGCAGCACGCCUUGGACAAGAGUCUGACUUUUGAGACGUUGCAAAAAUCGCCCCUGCCAUUCAUGCAGCCUCCGUUGGACAAGAGUCUGGACGAGGCAGAGCUGGAGGCGGCGCUGAUGAGGAGGCAAUACGCCGAGGCACCACAGCCUGCGUUGGACGAGAGUCUGGGAGCUGGAGGCGGCGCUGAUGAGGCGAUACGCCGAGGCACAAGUGCCCGUCACUUUGACGCAUGUGCUCGCCCACCUUUCCACCGCACGCGUCUCUUCUUUCCCCCUGACCCCAUCCAGCCUGCGUUGGACGAGAAUCUCGACGACGCUGGAGGCGGCGCUGAUGAGGCGAUGCAGAGGCACAAGUUCAUCUCAGCAUAA